AUGAUUAUAUUUGUUGGAGAAGAUGAUUAUCGUGUUUGUCUUGCAAAUGGUGUUAUUAAUAAAGAUACAGGAUCUGUUGUUUGUCCAAUUGAUGCUCAAUGUCGCUUUACUGAUGAAAUUAAAGAUUUUCAAGGACAAGAUGUAAAAUAUGCUGAUAAAACUAUUAUAAAAAAUUUAAAAGAAAGUAAAAGACUUGUUCAUCAAUCAGUUAUGAAACACUCGUAUCCAUUUUGUUGGAAAAUUGAUACAUUAUUAAUUUAUCGUGCUAUUCCAUCUUGGUUAUUUGUUAAUGAUGAUGGAUAUAAAAUUGUUUGUGUUGGUUCAAUUGAAGCAUUAAAACAAUUAUCUGGAGUUUCUGUUGAUGAUAUACAUCGUAAAAUUGUUGAUGAAAUAACACUUCCAUCACGAUUAGGUAAAGAUUUAUUACUUCGAGUAUCCGAAGUAUUUGAGUGUUGGUUUGAAUCUGGUUCAGAGCUUUAUGCACUAGUUCAGUAUCCAUUUGAUGGACAUCGAACAUUUAUAGAUAUAUUUCCAGCUGAUUUUAUUGCUGAAGGUAUUGAUCAAACACGUGGAUGGUUUUUAUACAUCAUUAUAGUUAUGUUAACGGCUUUAUUUGAUCAACUACCAUUCAAUUGUUAA